CCGCAUCAGAAGUAGUAGCUAAUACCAACUAUUUAACUAAUAAUGCUAAAAUAUUCACAAUUAAGGGUGGUAAAUAUAGAGGAGUACCGGUUUUUGAUGUCAAUCAAACGGUUGGUGCACUUAAUAGUGUUACGGUUUCCCUUGGUAAAAAUGACAAAAAAAUUAGUGCUGCAAAUGAAAAUCUAAACUUGGAAUUUGGCGGGCAGGCUGCCAAUGCGGGCAAAAUCACUAAAAGUUAUAAAAUAGAAGAUUUUUCUAAUGACAGUAACUUUUUUACUGGUCAUGGCGACCUAUACGCUGAGGUGGCUCCAACUGUCGAUGAAGCAAUUGACUUAAUCUUUUUCGGACAUGCUUAUUUUAAACCAGCAGGAGAUUUUGGGACUACUUUUUUAUAUGAUAGGAGUGGUGAUGAAAUUAAAGCUAAGGCAGCUUAUGAUCUAGUAUAUGACUUUGCUCAAAAAUAUGAAGCAGCUAAGGGUAAAUCUACUCCAGAGGAAAAAAAGGCAGAGGCAGAAAAGUUGAAAACAGAGUAUAAUGUUAGCGACCCGAAUAAGAAGAAAAUUUGGGAAUGCAUAAAAACUGCUUUAGAAAAUGAGAUAGAUGCUGCUAAAGGUGCCAAUUAUGGUAAAGCAGCUGAUAGUAAUGAAGUUAAAACGUCUUUCGACCAAGUAAUUAUUGGUAUUGAAAGUGAUAAGGAAGUGCUUAAAAAGGUGGUUAAAAUCCUUAAAGAAGCCAAGAAGGGAGAUGGUAAGAAAGAAAAUAGUCAGGAAGUAAAAAAGGAUCCUGCUGGCAAAGGUUAUCCAGAAACAAUUUUAGAGGCGUUGGGUAAAUUUGAAGCAAAAAUAAGAGAAAUUGUUGAGCAAAUUAAGUUAGAUAAAGCAGAUAGCAAAGAUAAAGUAAAUGAAGCAGAAACGGCUUUUAAUAGUGUCACAGGACUUGAUGAUGAACAAAAAAAAGUUUUCACUAAAAAGUUCUUUCCUCGGAAAAAGUUACUUGCUAGUUUAAAAAGCAAGCCAACUUCUCCGGAAGUGACUGAAUUAACAAAUUUGUCUAAUGGUAGUGCUAAAACAGUCUAUGAGGGAUUAGAAGAUACAGAAAGAGUUACUAUUGAUGAAUUAAUUAGGGAGGUUAGGGAGCGAGUUUCAGAGAUGAAAAAAACUAAUUCUCCUAAUGACAAUAAUGAUAAAGAUAAGCCUUUUUAUCAAACUCCAUUAGGAAUUAUUACGAUCUUUGCAUGCAUUGCUUUAAUUGUUGGCGCUAUUGUUUAUUUCAUGAAAAAUAACAGUAGUGAUGAAGAGGAAGAGUAA